AUGACCGACUUCGACACACACGAUCCUGUCGGGAGGGUUGGAAGAGUCGGGUCGGAACACAGCAGCGAAGAUGACCCCUUCGGCGACCUCGACCUGGAUGCGAUCAUCACGGAAGCCCCUGAAGAGCGAUUUCGUUUAGGAGUCUGGUCUGUUAUGGGACUUGUAUUCAAUCGAAUGAUUGGUACCGGCAUCUUCCAGACUCCUUCGCGCGCAAUGCAGGGCACCGGUAGCACAGGAGCAACGCUGAUGUUUUGGUUUGCUGGGAUUAUAUAUGCUCUCUGCGGGGUGCACGUCUACAUCGAAUACGGACUGAAUGUUCCUCGUCGCGCCUACGAAGGCGUUGAGCAGGGCGUACCGCGAAGCGGCGGUGACUUGAAUUACUUGUCAUAUGUUUUCACGAAGCCCGCGUACAGAGCGAAGACGGUGUUGCUCUCCGCAACAUUGUUCGGAGUCUCGUUCAUCAUCUUUGGCAAUAUGGCAGGAAAUGCUAUGUCCUUUGCAAUCCGUAUCAUGCAGGCCGCAAACGUUCAGGACCCUUCCAAUGGCGCGGUGAGGGGCAUCGCUAUCGCCGUCUCGAUUUUUGCUUGCUUCAUCCAUACUUUCUCCCGGAGAGGCGGCAUCUGGCUUAACAAUCUUCUUGCAGUUGUCAAGAUUUGCAUGUUACUCCUCAUCAUCAUUGCGGCUAUCAUCUACGGAGCAGGCGGAUUUCCUGAGACAACGGGAAUAAACCGACAGGACACGGUGAAUCUGAAUCUCGGAGCUUCAACCUCUUUCAAGAGCUCUUCAUCGGAAGCCAGCGGUUACGCACAAGCAUUCCUUUCAAUCAUCUACGCCUUUAAUGGCUUUGAACAACCCAACUAUGUUCUCGGAGAAAUCGGGAGACCUCAUCGCAAAUAUCCACUAGGGAUGAUCACCGCAGUAUCCUUGGUCUGUGUAUUGUACUUCGCAGUCAAUAUCUGCUACAUGGUGGUCGUCCCAAAGGAAUUGCAAGUUCAAGGCGAAUCUGUGGCCCUCACCUUCUUCGAACUUACCUUUGGAGCGCUCACCGAAGAUAAUACCGGAGGCCGCGUAUUCAAUGCGUUCCUUGCAAUUUCAUCGCUAGGCAACAUCAUUGUCAUGACGUACACUGCGGCUCGCGUCAAGCAAGAGAUCGCGAAGGAAGGCAUCAUCCCUUGGGCCAAGUUCUUCGCUUCCAACUCUGACCUGUCUCUUGGUCGCAUCCUUCGCUCGGCUCAGCGAGCCCCUUGGGCACCUAAGCCAUUCCUCCGUUUGCUGAGGUCCCGAUGGCUCCGACCAGAGGACCACAGCGAAAAGACGCCAUUCGGUGCACUGACGCUUCAUCUAUUCACUUCGUUCAUCUUGAUCUUCGCCACUUGGGGCCUCACGCCUGAAAAUUCGUACUCGCUACUCACAAGCUUGUUAGCGUAUUUACUGAACGGCAUUUUUGGCACGAUGGUAGGCGUGGGGAUCCUUAUCCUGCGUUUCAAGAAGAAAGAACAGUGGCGGAAGAAGGCGUCCAAGAUCAACCCUUUCUUGAGUGUGCUGACAGCGUUCAUUUACACGAUCGGCAACCUAUUCCCCGUUAUCGCGUCUUGGAUCAAGCCAUCUGCCCGGUUUUUCGGGCGGGCACAUCUCACGCUCACCUGGUAUCUCGUACCGACGAUCUCCUGGGCCUGCCUGGGGUUCGGUGCGCUCUGGUGGUUCGGAUUCCUGGGCUACGCCAAGCACCGCGAACGAAAGUCGAACACCGUGUUUACCGUCAAACGAGUACCGGAAUUCGAUCGCGACCCUCCCAGUACCGGACCACCGGUUCAGGUCCACGAAACAGUAUAUCUCAGCUGGGUCGGAAGAGAAACGCUGGAGGACGCUGCAAACGUGACAGGGACGGAUUUCGACACGGUCAAUGUGGGUGGAAGAAAAGAGGCACCGACGGAUUUCGAUGACUUUACUGUUUAA